AUGGGCUUCUUCAAGCUGGGCCGGCUUGAGAAAGGAAAGUCCCAGGAUGGCAUGGGUGGCCGCCAGGAUAGAAAAGACGGCGAACCUCUUCUGGACGCGCAGGCCCUCGGGGACGGCGAGCGGAAGAAGAGAGAGCCAGAAGGCAUGUCUGCUGCGAAGCCAGUAGCGGAAAGUCGCUCAGGGGCGGCAACUCGUGUCCAGGCUGGCCUCUCUGUAAAUGACUUCAUCAGCAAGACCAAGAACCAGCAGCGACAGGGCCUGAAGCCAUCGGGGCCUGAGUUGAUAGCGUACGCGCGCUACCUGGGCAUUGAUCCCGUUGCAGACCACGACCUCUUGUGGAUAGCAGUAGAGGCUCUUGAGGCUCCCUUGCCUUCAGAUUGGACGGAGCACUUCGAUAGCAGCGACCGAGUGUUCUAUUACAAUGCGUCUACGAGAGUAAGCUCCUGGACGCAUCCGCUGGAGCACGUCUAUCGAGAUACGUACAAGACGAUCGUGAACCUGCGCAACUCGAACAUGGCAGCCCAGGAACGAGCGGAAGCCCUGUCAAAGCUACAGGCAGAAGUCAGACAGAUGGAUCAGGAGACGCAAAAGGAAGUGGCAAAGUGGUCCGAACAUCAGGACGAGCAAGGCAACAGGUUCUACUUCAACAAGGAGGAGAGGCAAAGUACCUGGACCGACCCGCGACCUGCAAAGUGCCAGGUCCUCUAUUUGAAGAUGAAGGCCUUUAGGAUCCUGUCAAGCACAGCUGGGACGCCAGGCUUCGUGGAUCCGAGCAAGGACUUUGUCAAGCUUGUGUCGACGGACAAGAAGCCGGCCAGCGACCGGCUCUUAGUCAUUGAUCUCUCAAAGGACGGGCCGGAUGAGAAGCCUUCACCGAGGCUUUCUGAGCACUCCGCUCAAAACGGCAGUGACUCUGACAGCGAUGACAAGCGAAAAAAGAAGAAGAAAAAGAAGGAUAAAAAGGACAAAAAGAGCAAGAAGUUGAAGGACGAGAAGAGCUCGCCGUCUGAGCUUCCUGGGGCGCGGCCCCCUGCGGCAGCCAGUUCCAGCAGUCCGGCACCCGCGUCCAGCGCAGACGACAAUGCAGGGUUCGGCGAGCACAACGAGGUGCUGGGAGGAAAAGGCCAUGUGAAGGUCAAGGCCGGCAUACGACUCGAACCUCUGGGCGGCAUGAAUCAAGGCAGCAGCCCAACCUCCAGCCCGAUGGAAAGGGGUCUCGAU